AUGAGUCCUCCACUGCUGAAGCUUGGCGCUGUGCUUAGUACCAUGGCAAUGAUCUCAAACUGGAUGUCCCAAACUCUCCCAUCCUUGGUAGGACUGAACACAACGAGGCUGUCGACGCCAGAGACUUUAAUACUAAAACAAAAUCCCAAAGAAGGGUGGCAAGUGUACAGCUCAGCUCAGGACCCUGAUGGACGAUGCAUUUGCACAGUGGUUGCUCCAGAACAAAACCUGUGUUCCCGGGAUGCCAAAAGCAGGCAGCUUCGCCAACUGCUGGAAAAGGUUCAGAACAUGUCCCAGUCUAUUGAAGUCUUAAACUUGAGAACUCAGAGAGAUUUCCAAUAUGUUCUAAAAAUGGAAACCCAAAUGAAAGGGCUGAAGGCCAAGUUUCGGCAGAUUGAAGAUGAUCGGAAGACACUAAUGACCAAGCAUUUUCAAGAGUUAAAAGAGAAGAUGGACGAGCUCCUGCCCUUGAUCCCUGUGCUGGAACAGUACAAAACAGAUGCCAAAUUAAUCACCCAAUUCAAGGAAGAAAUCCGGAAUCUGUCUGCUGUCCUCACUGGGAUUCAGGAGGAAAUCGGUGCCUAUGACUACGAGGAACUACAUCAAAGGGUGCUUAGCUUGGAAACCAGACUUCGUGACUGCAUGAAAAAGCUAACAUGUGGCAAAUUGAUGAAAAUCACAGGCCCAAUUACAGUCAAGACAUCUGGAACCAGAUUUGGCGCUUGGAUGACAGAUCCAUUAGCAUCUGAAAAAAAUAACAGAGUCUGGUACAUGGACAGUUAUACUAACAAUAAAAUUGUCCGUGAGUACAAAUCAAUUGCAGACUUUGUCAGUGGGGCUGAAUCAAGGACAUACAACCUCCCUUUCAAAUGGGCAGGAACUAACCAUGUUGUCUACAAUGGCUCACUCUAUUUUAACAAAUAUCAGAGUAAUAUCAUCAUCAAAUACAGCUUUGAUAUGGGGAGAGUGCUUGCCCAAAGAAGCCUGGAGUAUGCUGGUUUUCACAAUGUUUACCCCUACACGUGGGGUGGAUUCUCUGACAUCGACCUAAUGGCUGAUGAAAUUGGGCUGUGGGCUGUGUAUGCAACUAACCAGAAUGCAGGCAAUAUUGUCAUCAGCCAACUCAACCAAGAUACCUUGGAGGUGAUGAAGAGCUGGAGCACUGGCUAUCCCAAGAGAAGUGCAGGGGAAUCUUUCAUGAUCUGUGGGACACUGUAUGUUACCAACUCUCACUUAACUGGAGCCAAGGUGUAUUAUUCCUAUUCCACCAAAACCUCAACAUAUGAGUACACAGACAUUCCCUUUCAUAAUCAAUACUUUCACAUAUCUAUGCUUGACUACAAUGCAAGAGAUAGAGCUCUUUAUGCCUGGAACAAUGGUCACCAGGUCCUGUUCAAUGUCACCCUAUUCCAUAUCAUUAAGACUGAGGAUGACACAUAAGCAAAUGUAAUUUUUUUUCAUUGAUCUAAACGGUGUCAUUUGUGAUAAACUCUACAGAACCCCUUCUGUUUUUUCUUUAUUGUAACUUUCAUCAUUUCUCCAAAGCACUUUUUAUUAUAAAGUUAGUGUUUCAAAAACAGCUGAGCCUGUCUAAAUUAACGUGUUGGAAACACAUCUUAACUCCUAAAUUUACAAGGCCUAUCAUGUCCUUGUCAUGAAAAGCACUAAAAAGAGCUUAAGUGGCUAAAGUCAUGGUUUUGCAAAAGAUUAAUGAUCUGCCUUAUAUUAGAGUCAGAGACUAAU